AUGGCUUCUCCUAAGGCAUUUGCAACUACUGCUCUUCUUCUCUCCCUUAACCUUGUGUUUUUCAAUACAGUGAGUUCAAAUGAUCCUGCUCCUAAUUGUCCACCACCACCCAAAACCCCAAAACACCCCCCAGAAGAGCCAAGCCCUCCUAAAGCUUGCCCUAAGGACACCCUUAAGCUAGGGGUAUGUGGAGAUUUGUUGAAUGACUUGGUGCACCUUGUUGUGGGGACCCCACAAAAGACACCUUGUUGUAGCCUCAUUGCAGGUCUUGCUGAUCUUGAUGCUGCUGUGUGCCUUUGCACUGCCAUUAAAGCCAAUGUUUUGGGAAUCAAUCUUAAUGUGCCAGUUUCCUUAAGCUUGCUUUUGAAUUACUGUGGUAAGUCUGUUCCAACAGACUUCCAAUGCGCCUAG